UAAAAAUGAUAUUUAAAAAAAAUAAUUAUAAAAUGAAAUUAUUAAUAAAGAAUAAAUUUAGAAAAAAGAUGAAGAAAAUAAUUAAGAAGAAUUAACUGAUGUAGAAGAUGAAAAUUUUAUAGAUUAAACAAUAAGAUAGGAAAGUUUUUAUUAAUAUCCUCAUUUUUAGAAAAAUAUAUGGUUAUAAAAAAAAAGCAUUCUCUCCUUUUUUAUUCAAUAACGAUAAAAUUUAACAUCUUCAGAUUUUUAUAAAAAUCUUCUCGGAUUAAUCCAUAUUUAACACCCUUAACAAGAUAUAAUGAACUUAAAAUAAUUCUUAGAUUAAAAUUAAGGCUAAAAAGACUUUUAUUUGUAAGAUUUAAUUCCUUUUAUAGCACAGUUAGCUUUAAAAAUUGAAUAAAUACCACAAAUAAUAUUCUUAUAAGCAUAUAAAAAAAACUAAAUAACAUUAAAUAGGCUUUAAGUGGCUGUAAUAAUAGCAAAUAUGUUUUUUUGUACAUUAAUACCUUAAGAAAAGAAGUAUAAUUUGCCAAAUACAUAUAAUCUUAACACUUUAUACAAAAGCACAUAUCAAAAUAAUAGAAAAAUUUAAAAAAUAAAAUGCAUUUUUAAUUAUUUUUCUUUAAUAAAAAAAACACAAGAAAAAACACUAGAAAAUGAAAAAAUAGAAUAUAUUCGUUUAUAUAACUAAAAUUAUAUAAACGCAAGAAGUUUAAUUGAAAAUUAAUAAAAACUUAAAAAAAUAUAUAUUUAAAAAAAUAACAAAAAUAUUGAAGAUAUAAAAAAUUCAAUAUAAAUAGAUUUUGCAAAUAAAUACAUAGGAGGAGGUGUUUUAGAUACAGGAUUAGUUCAGGAAGAAAUAAGAUUCGUUAUUAGUCCUGAAUUGCUUAUUUUGAGACUUUUUAGUUUUAAAAUAGAAGAUUAAGAGGCUAUUUUAGUAUCUGGUAUUGAUACAUAUUCAAUUUAUAGGGGUUAUUCGAACACUUUUGAAUGCUUAGGUGAAAAUAAAAAUAGAAAAAAUGAUAUUUUAGUCGCAAUAGAUGCCUUAAAUUUCUCUUAGUCAUAUGAUAGUGGUAUAUAAUAUAGAAUUAAUGUCUUAUUAAGGGAAAUAAAUAAAGCUUUUGUAGGUUUUUAGGCUCCUUAAGUACCUUUAGAUGUUCCAAUAAGUACAGGAAGGUGGGGUUGUGGGGCUUUUUAGGGAGAUUCUUAAUUAAAAUUAGUGAUUUAAUGGAUUGCAUGUAGUUUAGUGGGAAGAGAAAUGUAUUUUUUUCCAUAUAUGGAUUGCUUGUUAUUAAAUAUAGAAGAAAUUAUUGAGAAAAUAAAAGAUUUUAAUAUUGGAGAAUUAUUUAAAAUUGUUUAAUAGUUUUGUUUAUAAAUCGGAAAAAAUGAAAAAAUAAAACUUUUUGAUUAUAUACUAAAUUAAUUAUAAAAAUGAGAAAAAAAAAUUAUAUAUAAAUCAUUUAAAUGAAUUAUUAAAAAAAGUAAAGCAACAUAAACUUAA